CCACCCCCAGUUCCCGGAGCUGAUGCCUGCCUCGCUGCUCUGGCCCCAUGCUGCAGGUCACUGACCUUGCUCGGAAAACACUGGGCUGGCGUAUAUAAGGAAAGCAGGGCGGGCCUGUAUGCUCAGCAAUGGUGGCUAUGUGGUGGCCCUGCCUUGUCUUGGCUCUGCUCUCUGGCUUGGAGAUCUCUGGUUUUCCGAGGAGCCCCCUGCGGCUGCUUGGGAAGCGGAGCCUCCCAGAAGGGGCAGUUGAUGGCAUUGAGGUCUACAGUACCAAGAUCAACUGUAAGGUGACCUCCCGCUUUGCUCACAAUGUUGUCACCACAAGGGCGGUCAACCGCGCAGACACAGCCAAGGAGGUUUCCUUCGAUGUGGAACUGCCCAAGACAGCCUUCAUCACCAACUUCACCUUGACCAUCGACGGUGUCACCUACCCUGGGAACGUCAAGGAGAAGGAAGUUGCCCAGAAACAAUAUGAAAAGGCUGUGUCCCAGGGCAAGACAGCUGGUUUGGUCAAGGCCUCCGGGAGGAAAUUGGAGAAAUUCACAGUGUCUGUCAAUGUGGCCGCAGGCAGCAAGGUCACCUUCGAGCUGACCUAUGAAGAGCUGCUCAAGAGGCACAAGGGCAGGUACGAGAUGUACCUGAAGGUCCAGCCCAAACAGCUGGUCAGACACUUUGAGAUUGACGCACACAUCUUUGAGCCACAGGGCAUCAGCAUGCUGGAUGCUGAGGCCUCAUUCAUCACUAAUGACCUCCUGGGAAGUGCCCUCACCAAGUCCUUCUCAGGGAAAAAGGGGCACGUGUCUUUCAAGCCCAGCUUAGACCAACAACGCUCAUGUCCGACAUGUACAGACUCCCUCCUCAACGGGGACUUCACCAUCGUCUAUGACGUGAACAGAGAGUCUCCAGGCAACGUACAGGUAGUCAACGGCUACUUCGUGCACUUCUUUGCACCCCAAGGCCUUCCCGUGGUGCCUAAGAACAUAGUCUUUGUGAUUGACGUCAGCGGUUCCAUGUAUGGCCGGAAAAUCCAGCAGACCAGGGAAGCCCUUCUCAAAAUCCUGGAUGACAUGAAAAAAGAAGACUAUCUGAAUUUCAUUCUAUUCAGCACCGAUGUGACUGUCUGGAAAGAUAACCUAGUUCAAGCCACCCCCACAAACCUUGAGGAGGCCAGGGCAUUUGUGAAGAGAAUCGAUUCGCAAAGCAUGACCAACAUCAAUGAUGGGCUGUUGAGGGGCAUUGAAAUGCUGAACACGGCCCGGGAGGAGCACCGCGUUCCAGAGAGGAGCACCUCCAUCGUCAUCAUGUUGACAGAUGGCGAUGCCAAUACUGGUGAGAGCAGAUCUGAAAAGAUCCAGGAGAAUGCCCGGAAUGCCAUCGGGGGCAAGUUCCCUUUGUAUAACCUGGGUUUUGGCAACAAUCUGAACUAUAACUUCCUGGAGAGCCUGGCCCUGGAGAACCAGGGGUUUGCCCGGCGCAUUUAUGAAGAUUCCGAUGCCAGCUUGCAGCUGCAGGGCUUCUACGAAGAGGUGGCUAAUCCACUGCUGACGAAUGUGGAGGUGGAGUACCCCGAGAAUGCCAUCCUGGACCUCACCAGAAACACUUACCCGCACUUUUACGAUGGCUCUGAGAUUGUUGUGGCUGGGCGCCUGGCGGACAGCGACAUGAACAACUUUAAAGCAGAUGUGAAGGGCCAUGGGGCCUUGAACGACCUGACCUUCAGAGAGGAGGUAGACAUGAAGGAGAUGGACGCAGCCCUGAAGGAGCAGGGCUACAUCUUUGGGGACUACAUUGAGCGGCUCUGGGCGUACCUCACUAUUGAGCAGUUACUGGAGAAGCGCAAGAACGCUCACGGGGAGGAGAAGGAGAACCUUACAGCCCAGGCCCUGGAGCUGUCCCUCAAGUACCACUUUGUAACUCCACUGACCUCCAUGGUGGUGACCAAGCCUGAAGACAAUGAGGAUCAGACAGCCAUUGCAGACAAGCCUGGGGAAGGUGGGCAUAGGGAGAGAGGGCCAGAAUCUAGAAUCCUCCCCCUAAGACCCUGGACCCUAGAAUCCCAGCAGAGGAAUUGGCCAGGCUGGGGACACCAGACCUUUGGAAGAGGGGCAGGUUUGGAAGCAUCUGAAGGGGUGAAGUGCCAAGGGAGCACACCGCUAGGGCCCUCCAUGGCCUACCUGACCAGUCAGCAGUCUCAUCCAAGCCCCUACUAUUAUGUGGAUGGGGACCCCCACUUCAUCAUCCAAGUCUCAGGAAAAAAUGACAGCAUCUGCUUCAACAUUGACGAGAAGCCUGGCACGGUGCUGCGCCUUCUUCAGGACCCAGUCACAGGCAUCACUGUAACUGGACAGAUCAUUGGAGACAAGGGGAGUAACCCUUACUCCAGAACAGGGAAAACUUAUUUUGGAAAACUGGGCAUUACCAAUGCUUGGAUGGACUUCCGGAUUGAGGUGACCACGGAGAAGAUCAUCCUGGGGAAUGGCAAUGAACUAAGCACGUUCAGUUGGCUUGACACAGUCACAGUCACACAGACUGGGCUGUCUGUAACAAUCAACAGGAAAAAAAACAUGGUGGUGUCCUUUGGAGAUGGGAUUACCUUUGUGGUGAUUCUACACCAGGUUUGGAAGAAACAUCCGGUUCACCAGGACUUCCUAGGAUUCUACGUGGUGGACAGUCACCGGAUGUCAUCACAGACACAUGGGCUGCUGGGCCAGUUCUUCCAGCCCUUUGACUUUGAAGUGUUCAACGUCCGCCCAGGCUCUGACCCCACAAAGCCAGAUGCCACAAUGGUGGUGAAGAACCACCGCUUGACUGUCACAAGGGGCUCCCAGAAAGAUUACAGGAAGGAUGCCCGUGUUGGCACCAAGGUCAUCUGCUGGUUUGUCCAUAACAACGGGGAGGGGCUGAUCGACGGUGUCCAUACAGACUACAUUGUCCCCAGUUUGUUCUGAGUAAACCUGCCAGCUGCUGCUGCAGUAGAAAGUCUGGGUUGCCUGGAACAGGGGCACAGAACGGGGCUCAUGGGAACGACCUGGACAAUAAAGCCCAGCACUUAAACUAA